GCAUUGAAAAUAGCCAUGGCUUAGGAUUGUAUUUAAUAACACGUCGGUUACGGCCAGUGUGGUUGAAGAACGCACCAUCAGCUUUGCUUUACUUGAGGGGGGAAUAAUUGUAGGGUAUAGCAUGAGAUCCCUCGAGAAACUACAAAAUCCGUUUGCCGCUCUACUCCUCCAACGUGACUCCUUUUGCUCCUCCUCCACCUCCCACAGGAGAGAGAGAGAGAGAGCUGAGCUGCCCACAUGGGAGAGCCAUCGAUUGUCCUCCCAAAGCAAGGACACGCCUGGCCUAACGGUUUUGCCAAGGCAGACGGAGUGAAACCCACCCCCCUCACCCUCCCCUCCUCCGCGAGCCCACAUGGUGCGUGUUGUCGCUUUCCCUGGGGACUUCUCUUUUUUUAAGGAAAGGGAGGGGCUGCAGGGAUGCCUGUUUUGGUAGGGACGCGCAUAGGGAACAUAGCAAAGGAGAGAAGUGGCAACGAUUGUUCUCCUGCCCCCAUCUCGGGUCUUGCUCCCACUCCUCCCCUCGGGAUUCCCUCCCCCUCGCUCCACUUAUAUCCACAUCCCCUUCUCUCCAUUCACGACCAUCGCCUUCUACUCCUACCACGAACAUCCGUCCAUCCGUCGUAUACUAGACCACUCUCCUUGUUCCCCAAGUCUGCCAUCUUUACUGGGACCCAGAGUGGCAGACUCCACCAUCCAUCCAUCCAUCCAUCCAUCAGUCUCUAUUAUUCUCUCUCUCUCUCUAUCUCAACCCACCUCUCAAGACUGGGUCAGGGAUUCCGUCCGGUAAGAAAUGCUCUGCGAUGGAGAGAAGUUGCGCAUCCCCUCAACCAACGAACGGCCACAGAACAUGGGCGAGAUGCUCCUCAUCCCCGGAAACAACAACAGCGAGAACAACAACACCGACACCAACAACAACAAGAACGCUUCCACCGCCACCAGCAACAGCAGUACGAGUACCAACAGCAACAUGAUCCACGCUGCCGCUGCUCCUUCUGCAGCUAGGGUAAUGGACAAGCCGGCACAGGACCAUCAGGCCGCCCUCAAAUGCCCCCGCUGCGACUCCUCCAACACCAAGUUCUGUUACUACAACAACUACAGCCUCUCCCAGCCCCGCCAUUUCUGCAAGGCCUGCAAGCGCUACUGGACCCGCGGAGGCACCCUCCGUAAUGUCCCCGUCGGCGGCGGCUGCCGGAAGAACAAGCGUGUCAAAAAACCCACCUCCACCGCCGCCUCCGAUCCUCUCCCAUCUGCUCUCAUGCCUCCGACUAACUCCGUUCCUCCCAUCUCCCUUCCAAAUCCUGCUUCCCAUCUCGACUCUCCUAUGAAUCCCUUGUUCUAUUCUCUCCCUACCGCGUCUUCUUCUUCGGGACUCGCCUUUUCGGGCCUUCGGGCCCCCUCGGUCCCGCAUGGCAUCUCCAUCCCUUGCACCGGCUUCGACCUGCCGCAGCCGCAGCUCAACUCUCUCGGCCUUGGAUUCCCCUCGAGCCAGAGCCAGAGCCAGCGCGAUGACGAAUUCCAUCUAUCCCAGCUGCAGACUUCGGCUUCUGUCAUGAACGAUCAUCCACUCUUCGGAUCCACCGCCGCCUCGCUUCUCCUUUCGAGCCUCAGGCAGCCAAAGAAGCUGGAGGACUACCAGGCCCUGAUGCCCUACGAGGAACUGCACGCCGCCUCCGCGGAGGCGAUUGGGAAUCUAGGGGUGAUCAAGGAAGUCAAGCUGGAAGGAGACAGCAAUGCGAUCGAUCACAAUAGAAUAGAAUGGCCAAUUCCCCUCGAGAAUUCCUUCGAUGCAAUCAUCCCGGCUGCUUCUACUUCUCUGGCCGGUGAUUCCUCCUUUCUUUAUUGGAAUUCCGCUAUCGGCGCUUGGCCUGAUUCUGCCCACUGUGAAUCGUCGGUCGCCCCUCUGAUCUAGUCCGACCCAACGUAAUCAGUAUUCUUCCUCCUGUUUCUUCUUUCUUUCUUUCUAGCUUACUCUUGUAGAAAAGGUAGUAGGUCGUUGGUUGUUGUCUUCUCCACCCACAUAUAUUCUAUGUUUUUUUUCUUAAUUUUUUGGUAUUAGGGGCGUCGUGGCGGUUACGGUGAGAGUGUGGAUCGGAGAGAUCAUGUCGGUUGCAAACGUCUCAAGCCCCGUGUGUUUUUUUAAGCCCUUGUGGCGUCAAGAAGACCGUUUGCUCCGAGAGGAACCUCGGAUCCAUUCGGCGUAGUGUCUUCUCCGUCUCCUACUUUACCGUUGCCUUUCGGAUUGGAAAGAGAGCAAAAGGAUGAACAAUGGAGCAGGAGCAGUAAGUUUGUUUUCAUGUAUGUAUAUAGGUAUGGCAUACAUCCUCUUUUCUAAUGUAUUGGGUAUUAAGUGGUUGGUUUUUGUUGCAACAUACAGACAAGGGAUCUUCAUCUUUUGCAGAGGUGUGAUAUGAUAUUACUGGUGUAGAAGCAAUUAGUUAGUACGUUUUCUUUAUUUCUUUCUUCUUUUUAAGCUUUUGGUUGGGUAGAAGAAGGAUCUGGUAGAAUAAUAUCUAGAGUGGGAUUUCUUUCCAAUAAUGUGGGUGGUUGAUGUAGUGUUCGUGGGGUUCCUCUCAUUGUAAGAGAUGUUAACUUCGUUUUUCGUUUUCUUUUCUCUCAUUGUACUGUUGUUGGAGUACUGGAAGUGUUUUUUCUUUGUUUUACUGAUUUAUAUUAAGAAAUUUGAAUACUUCACACGAA